AUGAGGGCUCACUUUAUGGAGAAUGUGAGCAAGGCGUUGGCCGUCCUGAAGGAGCGAAACAUUCAUUUGGAAAAUAUUGGAGCCGGUGAUAUCGUUGAUGGAAAUGCCAAUCUCAUUCUCGGACUCAUCUGGACUAUUAUGCUGCACUUUCAGGUACGAAUUGAAGUCUGCUUGAAGUUGUUUAGCAUCGUGAUCGAACAUUCCAGCAACAGAAAGAUGACAAUCACCUUAAAAACAGAAUUUUGA